ACACCAUCAUCACCACAAACGCCAGCACAAGACUCAAAAAAAGGGCAGGGGCAGUGGCGGGGACAGAGCAUUGUUGUGGCCCAAGAUGGGACGGGGAAUUACUACACUGUCAAGGAGGCUCUAAAUGCUUCGGAGUGGAGGGUGGAUGCUAAUGAAAGGUUUGUUAUUCACGUCAAGAAAGGGGUUUACUAUGAGUCCCUCGUUGUUAAUGAGAGAAUGAAGAACGUGGAGCUCAGGGGCGACGGUAUGGGGAUCACUAUCAUCUCCAGCCACCGUAGUGUCGGCAACCACGAUGGAAACUUGAUCCAAGUUGGUACAAUUGUGAUAUCUGGCGACGGAUUCGUGGCUCGAGACAUCACAUUCGAGAACACCGCUGGGGUCAAUAGUGGACAGGCCCCUGCUGCCAUUGUAAAUGCCAACCAUGCAGCCUUCUAUCGUUGUGGCUUCAAGGGGUACCAAGACACCCUUUACGCCCAACUCGGUCUACAGUUCUACAAAGAAUGUCACAUCUAUGGCACCGUCGACUUUAUUUGCGGUGACGCCACUGCUGUCUUCCAAAAUUCCAGAAUAUAUGCGCGUAAACGCUCAUUAAUUGCCAAUGAGAUCGUGAUUGCCGCAUCCCAGCGAAACAACGAGACAUCCAUGACUGGGUUUGUUUUCCAACGUUGCCAACUUGUUCCGGACGCUGACCUAGAACCUGUCAUCAACUCUUAUUUGAUUUACUUAGGGAGGCCAUGGGGACAUUUUUCCCGAACGGUGUAUAUGCAGAAUGAAUUUGAUAUUCCGGUGGCGGCUGAUGGGUGGUUGGAGUGGGAGGAUAGGCCAGGCGACACGCAUUACGUCGAGUAUAGGGAGUAUGAUAACAGGGGAAUUGGUGCUUCGACAGAUCAGAGGGUGACAUGGAAUGGUUAUCAGGUCAUAUUCGACCCAAUUGAGGCGGAGAAGUACACCGUGGCAAGGUUCCUAUAUGCUGACACGUGGCUACCAGCCCUUGGCGUGCCUUAUACUCCUGGUCUCUAG